CGGGAGUUUCAAAGCAAGGUUCCGGCUCUCUUCCCCUCCUCGACCUUCUCCUGAAUUGCAAAAUGCUAACGGCACCCAGCAGCGGGGAGAAAACGCGCUCUUUGGCAACCUGAAAAAAAAGCAAGGAAGAAUUAAAAGAAAAGGGUUGGAGGAGGAGAAAGCGAAGGAAAGUUGGAAAAGAGUCAGAAAAAAAACCCAGCUUGCGCAGGGAAAGAGAUGGAUGAUGGAGAGCAACCGGCGCGAUUAAUUCUCCUGGCACAUUUAAAAAGGAUGGUGGUGAUCCGGGGUCUCCUCCCUUGCAUUUGAUUCGCGCCCCCCACCCCUCCUCUCCUGCUUUGCCAAGAGACGAGAUCUUAAGAUGCGUUGCCUGCAGAAGCUUCUUUGCCUCCUCCUUCUGGAUUCAGCCCUUAGCAAUUACUCGGAGGACCAAUGCAGCUGGAGGGGGAGUGGCCUGUCUCAGGAAGCAGGCAGUGUGGAACAGAUCUCUUUCCACUGUGCUGAGGGAUCCCUGGAGUGGCUCUACCCGGCAGGUGCCUUGCGCCUGAGUCUUUUUCCCCGCCUCCCCACGGGCACCACCAGCAAAGAGAAUCCCAGGCGAGUGACCGCUUGCAUCAAGUCCUCCAGCACCUUCCGGGGAGCUCAGAUUUACCUGGAGCGGGAAGGCGUCUUGGAACUUCUCCUCUCCGAGGCCGAUGCGGCUUUGCAGCCCAAGGUGCGCUGUUUUAGCUGGCUGCCCAAGGAGAAGGUCGCCCUGUUCCUCCAGUCGACGUUGCACCAGGACAUCAGCCGCCGGAUCGCAGCCUUCCGCUACGAGUUGAGGGGAAACUGGAACACCCAGUUCUCAUGGCCAUCCAGAAAUCUCAGCAUGGAAGAUGCAGGGAGUUGCCGUCCAUGUAACAACACUGAAAUUCUGAUGGCUGUUUGCACUAGUGAUUUUGUCAUCCGUGGUAAUAUCCGGACCGUCUCCAACGAUGUGGAGCUGCAGGAAUCGAUCAUCAGUGUGAGCGCCACCCGGAUCCAUCGCCAGAAAUUUGCCUUGUUCCAGCCCGUCGGCAAGUAUGGGAAAUCGGCAGGCAGCAUUCGUACCCUGCUCCGGUGCGGGGUGAAGCCAGGGCCUGGCAGUUUCCUGUUUACUGGAUGGUUGCACUUUGGGGAAGCUUGGCUGAGCUGCGCCCCCCGAUAUAAAGACUUCCGCCACAUAUACGAGGAUGCCCGCCAAGCUCACGAAAACCCCUGUGAAGUCUCGUUGGACUGAAGUGAGGUGGGGGCCAGAAUGGACCCAAGAAUAAAGGCACACUUCAGGAUUGUGGAAGGAGGUGCAAACGGUCACGGGCUGUGGCCUCAGUGGUGUAUA